AUGCUUUUUUUCCUUACUACUCAUAUAAAAUUCUUAUUUUUUUCGCUCACUAUAGCUAUAAAUAAAAAAUCCAUAAAAAUAUUCACUGAAUCAUCCAUAAACAAAAUGGGAUGUAUCAACGGGACUAAUAAAAGCAAAAGAGAUAUCAAUUCAAAAAAUCCAGAAAAUAAUGAUAUUCGAAAUUAUCACCGCAAAGCAACAGUCCAUAUUAAGCAACGAACCAACACAGGAAAGAUCGUUGGGACAAAUAGUUUAACUUAUAACCAUACAGAACCUAUAUUAUGCUCAUCAAAAAAAAUUGAAUUUGGGAGUCACAGUUUUUGAUCAUCUGCUUGUGUUCUCCCAGGACUUGAUCCACAUGGAGAAAUCCCAAAAAAGUGUCAAGAUUUAUGUUUAUUUUGUAGCGAUUCAGACAGUGUCUUAAUGGCACUUUUUGAUGGGCAUGGGUCUGAAGGCGAAAAAGUUGUAGAGCUGUGUGCAAGAACUGUGGAUGAAUUUUUUAAAUCCCAUAAGGUAGAAUUUACAGUAUUUUUUAAAUAGGAAAACCCAUUGGAGUUGCUCAAUUCAAUAAUUAAAAAGUGUGAUGAUGAGGUGCGAAACCCAAUAAAUGGUAUUAAUGCAACAAACUCUGGAAGGUAAAAUAUAAGCAGCACUGGGGUUUUGGUGUAUUAUUAUGGAAAUUCACUAUAUUGUGCUAGUGUAGGAGACUCUAGGGCAGUUUUAGCUACUUCUUGCAUUCCAGCGAUAUUGCCGGCUCCCCCUGCAAUUAUAGGAGAAGACAGAAAAGUGCUUGAGGAUGUAAAGAAAAGGAGAAACAGUGUGCCAAACCCAGCAAUUCAUGCUGUACAGCUCACAAGAGACCAAAAACCUGAAGAUCCUGAAGAGCUGUCUAGAAUUAUGAAAAAUGGUGGAAGAGUUCAACAAUUGACUGAUGAAUUUGGGAAUAGGAUUGGGCCUUAUAGAGUAUGAGAAUUAUACUCAAAUGGCCCAGGACUUGCAAUGAGCAGAUCUAUUGGCGAUACUCGAGGCAAAAGGGUCGGAGUAAUCUCAACUCCUGUAUGCACCAAUUAUGAACUAUCAGGAGGGGAAGACUAUUUUAUAGUUGCCGCAUCAGAUGGGGUUUGGGAUGUUCUUGAAAAUGAAGAUGUCGUUCAUUUUAUUGAAUUUUACAGAAACCGAUGUGCAAGAGGCUCAGAGGAAAGAACAUUUGACGUUGUAAAGCCUGAAAAUUCGUGUAUAGCUCAGCUACUAUGUGAAGAAGCUAGAAUUCGAUGGCAAACGAUCAUUGAAGAAGAAGAUGUGAUGAUCGAUGAUAUUUCGUGCUUAAUUUUGGAACUUAAUCAAUCUACAAUCAAAGUUAGCCACAAAGAUCCUGGGAAAAUUCCUGAAGUGGUACCGAGUGCUGAAGUUUUUCAUGAAUUUAGAAGAGCGCCAACUAUGAAAGAUGUUGCAGUGAAAGAUCCGAGGAGAGGUUCGAUUGUUGUGGAUAGAAUGGAUGAUAUGUUUACAGAGGAGUAA